AUGAGGAGCACGCUGCUUUUAUUCCUCUCUCUAAUGGCGUCUUCCUCGGCAGCACCGUAUCCUCAGGACACGUUGUUCCCUCUGGACAAGGACGAGCCUCGAGUUUCCACGGAAACCGAGAUUGUCACCGUCAAGGACGCGACGAAUCACCGAACAAAAAACCAAUCAGAGAAGACCGACAGCGGAACGAAAGAUUCGAGAACCUCAUUGCUCUCCUCUUCAAUUCUCAACGACCGGGACAAUCGAACUGAAUCAGACACCGGCGAUCCGCAGCGCAACCUACAAUCACACGAGUCUUCUAAUAACAAAUUGUCCAAGAAACAUCGCAAACAAAAGGCCAUUCUCUACAAUUAUCCUUUGGUGCAACAGCAACUUCCGUUCUCCAAUCUGCCGUACGACGUCGAUUAUCCCAGCGACAAUUUCGACACGGAGGAAAGGACGACGAUAGGCGAUUCGAACAGUUUCCAAGAGAGCAACAUCUUCUACAUAAGACUACCACCUACACCGUACAUGUUCGUCCCUGGUUUAGGUUACAUCUCUCAACCACCGACUUACUCAACCUCGAGUCUCCGACCGCAAAUCCCUUUCGUCAGGCCUGCAAGACCGAAACCAACUUACCAGCAACAACAACAGCAACCCGUUAACCCUUUCAUCAAGCUGCCCAUCGAUUUCGUGAGCAACGGGAAACCAACGUCCGUGUACCAGUGGCAGAAGAAGACGAACAAGAAACCAACAGACAGCCCAAUCACGAAUCUGGACAGUUUGUCGGCCGAGUUCGUGAGCAACGGGAAACCAACGUCGAUCUACCAAUGGCAGAGCAAUCUGAAACCGAUCAACAAGAAUGACGAUUUGGUUAACAACCUGGACAAGGGACCGUACACGUUCAAUGGUAAACCGACGAGUUUCUUUCUGUUGAAAGCCGACGGUACCAGCACGGCGCAUCAGCCAUUACGGUACCCGGACUACCAGCAGGAUAAUUCGUACUAUUGAAGAGAGACCGAGGAAACUAGCGGUGGUUAACUAUCCUUGCUACCGAAACAACCUCGAAUCCUAGGAAUUG